CCCUUUCACAGAUCUGCCAGGUUAUAGAUGGCUGUAACUGCUAAGGGGUUCAGUGUGAGAACUGAUAAGCUUCAUUUACUGCAGGCACUUGAGUAAACAAGCAUGGAAAGCUUUGGGAUUAAAGUACAAACUCUGCUGAAGAAAAUUGGAACAACCUUGACUAUUCUGGGACUGAGAGGAGAAAUGAAGAAAGAAGUUCAACUGGACCAAGAAACCUUCUCUUGUUCGAUCUGUUUGGAUCUACUGAAGGAUCCGGUGACUAUUCCCUGUGGACACAGCUACUGUAUGAACUGUAUUAAAGGCUUUUGGGAUGAAGAGGAGGAGAAGAAGAUCUGCAGCUGCCCUCAGUGCAGACAGACCUUCACACCGAGGCCUGUCCUGGUGAAAAACACCAUGUUAGCAGUUUUAGUGGAGGAGCUGAAGAAGACUGGACUCCAAGCUGCUCCUGCUGAUCACUGCUAUGCUGGACCUGAAGAUGUGGCCUGUGAUGUCUGCACUGGGAUGAAGGUGAAAGCUGUGAAGUCUUGCAUGGUAUGUUUAGUCUCUUACUGUGAGAAACACCUUCAGCCUCAUUAUGAUGUGGCGCCAUUAAAGAAACACAAGCUGGUGGAGCCCUCCAAGAAGCUCCAGGAGAACAUCUGCUCUCGUCAUGAUGAGGUGAUGAAGAUGUUCUGCCGUACUGAUCAGCAGAGUAUCUGUUAUCUCUGCUUUGUGGAUGAACAUAAAGGCCACCACACAGUCUCAGCUGCAGCAGAAAGGACUGAGAGGCAGAGAGAGCUCGAGGGGAGUCGACUAAACAUCCAGCAGAGAAUCCAGGACAGAGAGAAAGAUGUGAAGCUGCUUCAACAGGAGGUGGAGGCCAUCAAUCAGUCUGCUGAUAAAACAGUGGAGCACAGUGAGAAGAUCUUCACUGAGCUGAUCUGUCUGAUCCAGAAAAGAAGCUCUGAUGUGAAGCAGCAGAUCAGAUCCCAGCAGGAAACUGAAGUGAGUCGAGUCAAAGAGCUUCAGGAGAAGCUGGAGCAGGAGAUCACUGAGCUGAAGAGGAAAGACGCUGAGCUGAAGCAGCUCUCACACACAGAGGAUCACAUCCAGUUUCUACACAACUACCCCUCACUGUCAGCACUCAGUGAGUCUAUGUGCUUUAUUUCAAGUCACUCCUUUUGUCUGCAGCACUUUGACAGAGUGCAAAGAGCUGUGUCAGAGGUCAGAGAUAAACUACAGGCAAUUCUAAGAGAAGAUUGGACAAACAUCUCACCGACAGUCACUGAAGUUGAUAAUUCACUGUCAGAACCACCAGAGCCAAAGACCAGAGCUGAAUUCUUAAAACAUUCAUGUGAAAUCACCCUGGAUCCAAACACAGCAAACACAUAUGUGUUACUAUCUGAAGAGAACAGAAGAGCAACAUUCAUGACGGUAGGACAAUGUUAUCCUAAUCACCUGGACAGAUGUAUUGCAAGAGGUCAGGUUCUGAGCAGAGAGGGUCUGACGGGACGUUGUUACUGGGAGGUGGAGAAUGCUGCAGGAGGAGUUUCAGUGGUGGUUGCAUACAAAGAUAAAAACACUGUAAAGAAAAAUUUUGGAGAAAAUAACAAGUCGUGGGCUUUGGGUUUUUACAAACAUCAUUAUGUUUUCAGACAUAAUAAUAUCACCACUCCUGUCUCAGGUCCUCGGUCCUCCAGAGUAGGAGUGUACCUGGAUCACAGAGCAGGUAUUCUGUCCUUCUACAGCGUCUCUGAAACCAUGACUCUGCUCCACAGAGUCCAGACCACAUUCACUCAGCUGCUCUAUGCUGGACUGAGGCUUCAUAGUCCCACAGGAAACACUGUGGUGUUUUGUUUGCUUAAACAAGCAAAUGUUACUGAAAACAAACAAACAAAAACAAACAUGUUGUUCUGUGACCCUUUAGACACAUUAUCGCACUAAAUUUUUUGGCAGCAUCUGACCAAUCUAAAAGGGGUGGUUCAUUGGUCACAUGACUUUUCUUUCACAGAAAAUGAUUCCUAUGAUCGCCACCUACUUCAGACAUGCUAUCAUACUGUGAUUUAAAAUUAAUAUACCAGAAAUAUGCAGCACUGUUGUAAAAAGGACAUGCGAUCAGUGCUGCAGCAUUAAUCUGAAGAUUUAACUUACAGAGCAGUAAAAUAAACAUUUUAAUUCUAAUGUAUGAUUUUCCUGAGUGCGCGCUCUGUGCUGUGGUUUAUUUCUGAGCGGCUGCACAUUAAAGCUCUGAAACUUUGAACUGGAUCAGUGCAAACACUGAAGCUUUUUGUCGCUUCAGUUUUUCAGCAGAUCAAAGUUGAUUUAAUUGGAGUGAUUGAACAGGUAUUCUGUGUUGUAGAUGCUGCAGUUCCAACAGUGUAAGAGAGACUCAGCAUCAGAUUAGAAACGUAACUUCAUCCCGACAGUUUUAGUUUGUGUUCUCUCAGCUGCAGGCUCGGUGCUGUUUAAGGGUUUCAGAGUAAAGUUUAAAGUUAUGCUUAGUCUAUGUACAAAUUUGAUGUGAGGUUAGCAAGUACAGUGUAGCUAUCCUGUUUUAGGAUCAUAUAUUAACACAAAGAACAAUAAAAUUGUUGUGAACUUAGGGAACAAAGUUGCGUCUAAGAAUCUAUAUUUAUUACUGAUGCUCAUCUGGGAAACACAAAGACUUUAGAUGCGACUGAAAAACUAACCCUAACCCUGAAGUUACAGAUAAGACAAAAUCCUGCUGCAUAGUAAAAGGCCUCUGGCUGUGACACAGAAGCCCCACCCACCUGAUGUUUCAAUCUUCUGUUUAUGAGGGGCAGCCAAUCAAAGAAAGUUGUCUCAAAGGAAAGGGGAGUGGCUAAAAGAGUUUGAAAGGAUGAACUGAGGAGCUGCACCAUGGCUAUGUGUUAAGGUUAAAAAAAAAAAAAAAAAAGCAUGUUGAAUUAUGAAUCAUGGAAAGCACAGUCCAAGAAAAUAUGGAGAUGGAAAGUAGAAUAACGGAUCCCCUUUAAAGUAUUAAAUCAUUCACAUUUCUGAUACAGGAAAAACCAAAAUUAAGAAGGGUCUUUCAUGAAGUAAAGGCAGCAACACCCGGAUUAUAAAGAAGUCUUCUUUAGAUACAGCUUGUUGCCACUUCCAAAUUUUAAAAGUGCUAAAUAUCAAUAAUAAUGUGAAGCGUGUGUUCCAUUUACAUGUUUCCUUAGGUGCAGUUAUUGUUUUAUCCACUAGAGGGCGCUGCGUUCUUUUGUGUUAUUUCCCCCUCUGAGUUCCCUUCGUUUCCAAAAGUAUAUGGACACCUUUAUGAAGUUUUAAAUUGUGAUUUAAAUUUUUUUUUUAUACAGCUUGUGGCGCCUCAGUGCUGAGUAACAGAAAAUCUUGAUAAACACAUAAUCUGAAUCAAGUUUUCUACAUGUUUUUGUUUUUCUUUAAUUAUUGUUUUUUAAUUUUACUUAUUAUUUAUUUUGAUUAUAAUGCAGUUAGUUUCCAUUAUUGUGAUGAACUGAAACACUGGCUGUUUUUUUGCCUGCUAAUAAUAUUUGUGUUUUUAUGUGGUUUUUCAUGUGUCCACAUACCUUUGGCUAAGCUCUCAGCUGUCAGAUAAGCUGGAAACCACAGCAUCCUGUUAAGUUACAGGGGCGCUGCACAUUUAAAGUGUUGUGCCAACAAAUCUGCAAAUAACUUUUAAAUUAUGAUAAAGAGUGGAUUUCAUUUCUGUAAUCCUUUGAACUGCUGAUGAAUCUAUUUAAACAUGUUUUUCCGAUGUUUUGAAUUGUCAAAGAUAUGGGAAAAAGUUGAAUAUGUUUAACUUUUAUUGUUAAUGUUAUCUGUUCCUGUCAUUUGGUGCAACAGCUAUUACUAAAAUAUUAAAUAUUAUAUGUAUGUUUAUAUGUGUUAUA